AUGGUCAGCCAGGACACCACCGCACACAAGUACCGCUUGAAGGUAACGGCAGGCGCAGACUACGACCUCAAGACUCAUCAAGUGGUACCUGUAAAUGGCGGGACAGUACGAAUCGAAAAUGAGCAUGCUAUUGUGAGUCUUUGCGUACGGAUCCAAAAUUACAGAGGCUAUCCCGAGAAUUCACCAUCCACAAGCCCAUAUUUCGACCACGAUCUGCAUAAAAAGGACUUAUAUUCCAUUUGCUUCGCAAUACUCUUCAAAGAGCCAGUGAACGGCAACAACCUCGUCUUUGGCAAUGACUUCGAUCACCCAGUCCGCGAUAUCCUACCUGCAGGAUUUAAUGCAGCGCUGCGGAUUGUUCAGUGGACGCUGGACCCUGGCCUAGACGGCGAUGUCUACGCUGAUAAGCCGUAUCUGUACAGCCCGGCAUUGGCAUCGUGGGACCUGUUCCGCAUCGGAGAUAAAAUGCGGAAAUCAGACGAGGUGCCAACACUCCAUGAUGAGGUUAUCGAAGAAGGUUCCUAUAGCGAAGAUGCUGCCAAUGUGCGUCAGCAAUUUCAUAUCCCCGAAACAGCCGUGGGGCGCAGAAAGCAUUUCCAGAAUGAGGCGAAUAGAAAGGAGUUCGACUUUGAACCUGGGAGGAUGUAUGUUGCUGAUUUUGGAAACCCUUAUUUGGCAUUUGAGGAUUUCUCUGUCCGACUUCCUGGAUUCAAUCUACAUAUCAUGAAGUACGUGGAUGAGAGCAACCAUGAGCUGCGGUAUACGCUCAAGGAUAUUUCAACCGGACGGGUAUACCUUGCUGUGGUGUUCUCAGUUGUCCUAGGCGAAACGGAAGAUGAGAAAGGCUAUAGCAAGAGUGAGCAACGUGACGAUAGUCUAGGGAAGUUUGACUGGGAGCCGGAGCCAUCGUCUGACGAUAUCGAGUCAUAG